AUGGCUUCGUCCCAGACUCAGCCUCAAGGCGUCCCCUUGACCCCGGCGGCCCCGCCGAGUCGGUCCGAGAUUGAGCGCAAGUUGAGCUUCAAGAGUGCGGCUAGUCCGAGAGUGGAGCAGUCGCCGCGGAAGAAGAAGCGCUCCCCCUCCACCGUCUCCGGGAACGAUAGCGACACCUCGCUCUCUUCCGCCCAGGGCCAAGGGCUUUCUCAAUCUGCCUCACUCUCUUCUCCCCUCCUCUCUCCCUCCUUAUCCGCCGGACCCGGUUCCUUCAACUCCACCGGCGGGCUCCUUAGCGGCGGUGGCGUCCCAGCGCCCAACGCCGCCAAUCGCCAGCUGUCAGCUAUUGCGGAGCGGCUCCGAGCGGACGGGUCGGGAAUGGUCGAAGAGACGGAAGAGUACGAGGAGCAGGAUGAGGGCGAGGACGUGAGCGAUGAGGAGGAGCAGGAGAAGGUGGGGCAGGGCGAGCUGGAGAGGGGGAUGGAGGGGGAGAGGGUGUUAAGGUCGGGGUAUUUGUACAAGAAGCAGGAGAAGAGAAAGGUUUGGAAGAAGAAGUGGUUUGUCCUCCGAACAGGAAAGCUCGCGUACUACAAGGAUGACAGAGAAUAUUCGUUAUCCCGAGUGAUGGACCUCCGUAUCAUCCACACAGCCGCCGCCGUCAAGAUCAAGAAGCACUCGUUUACUUUCGGGAUCGUCACCAAGAAACGCACCUUCCUCGUCGAGGCGUCGUCCCAGUCGGAGAUGGACGAGUGGGUCAUGGCGAUCACGUCGGCUCGGCGCAGGCUUACGGAGGAUGCGGAGAAGCGGAGUGCGCCGCAGUCUGUCUCGCAGGCACAGGGGCAGGAGGGAUACGCCAGCAGUAUAAGCGGGGCGGGGACGAGUCCCGUCGUCAAUACCUCGGCCUCAUACCUCAAUCGGGCGGGGUCGAUGGCGGGUCAGCCCCAUGCUACUGGCGGCGCCGGUGCCAACGUCUACUCGCCGACGUCGGCCGGUCCGCCCUCUGGACCGGGAUCGCUCGAUGCGGGCCUCACCGGUCAACUCUCACGAAUGAGCGUCAAUCCCACUCCCGCCCUCACUUCAUCACAGCCCAUCGGGGCUCGACAACCUCCUCUCUCGACCCCGGGCCAGCCUAUCCGGUCCUACUCGUCCAGAAGAGAACCGUCCGCCUCUUCCUUAUCUAGCGCCGGGGCGGACUAUUUCCCCCGAACGCCAAGUGCGAGUCAGUCCCCCCAACCGCCGUUGACGCUCAAUACCUCGACAUCGGCUAUUGAUGGGGCGACACGACCGGUGCCUGUGGGCGUAUCGUCUGAUUCGGACGAGGUGGAUCAGGGGGAGGGGGAUAUGUACUUUUCGGAUAUUGGGCGGGGGUCUCAGGGUCAGGGCCAGAGUCAGAGUCAGAGUCAGGGUCAGUUGGGGACGAGCGUGGGGACUGCCAAGUCUGGGUUCUCUGCGGCAGGACAAGGACAAGGACUGGGACAAGGUGGAAGUUCGAGUGGGAGCGGGGUUGGGGCUGGGAGUGGGUUCACGAGCAGCACCAGCGUGGAUCCGUCCAGGGUGAUUCUUUCGGCGUACCUGAUGAAGCGGUCCAAAGGGCGAGGGAGGAAAGUAUGGCGGAAACGGUGGUUCUACCUCACGAGUCAGGGAUUGACUUAUACAAAGUCACACAUGGACACAAAGAUCCUCCGAAACAUCCCCCUCUCUUCGAUCCUUGACGCAAUCGACCAAUCGUCCACACUGGACGAUAUCGACCCCUCCUCGUCCGACUCUGACGCGCCCACCUCGGCGCGCCCUAUCCGAUCCCCCUCGACCUCCAAGUUCCCCUCUCCGCCCCAGCGCCAGCCGUCCUACUCGGGCCCCGGGUCCGGCGCGUUCGGCUCGGGCUUUGGCGGUGCCCAGCCGAAAGAAGGAGAACAUACGUUCCGGCUCGUCACUGCUAAACGGAAUUAUGUGCUUUGUGCGCCGUCCGAGGAGGAUGAGAUCAAGUGGUUGGCCGCCGUCAAGGCUUUGCUUAAUCGGGAGAGGGGAAUGGGGAGCCCGGUGGUGGAGAUGCCGCCGAGGUUGUUUGGGGGUCAGAAUCAGGGGUAUCCGGCGCCUCCGCAAGCGCAGGCGCAGGCGGGGAGUUCGAGUGUUGCUGGGCAGCGAGGACAAGGCCAAGGACAGGGGCAAGGCCAAGGGCAAGGAGGGGGAGGGGGACAAGUACCGACUAUAACGCAACAACCGCCCACGCCGGGCAGUGCGGUCAGUCAGCAAGGAGGACAAGGGGAAUUGGCGCCUCCUAUACCGACGGAUCUGACGUCUCCAACAGGCGGAGUCGGAGCUGGAGGUGGUGGACAACAGCAGCCACCAGUCAGUAUUGGGGCAAGAGGGAGGAGCGCUACGUAUCUCGCAAAAAGUGCGGUGGCGGAUGUGGAGAGGAGGUAUCAUCCGGAUCGGCAGCAGGUCUAG